AUGUCGUUGCGCACUUCAACAGGCCACCUCGCCCGCCAGCUGGCCACAAAGCGUGCGGGAGUUACGCCCUCAGUCAACAAUGGCUUCGCAGCUCCCUUGGCUCUGCAGAGCACCUCGAUGGCGACGGCCACCCCCCCGGUGACUCAAGAUUCCACGGGUUCGAAGGGUCCGACAGCAAUGGUCUUUAUGAACAUGGGCGGUCCCUCGCACACCUCAGAAGUAGGCGACUUCCUCUCCCGCCUCUUCGCCGACCGAGACCUCAUCCCCCUUGGCCCGCUACAACCUUACCUAGGGCCCCUCAUCUCUCGUCGCCGCACCCCGAAGAUACAACAACAGUACUUCGCCAUCGGCGGCGGUUCCCCAAUACGAAAAUGGUCAGAGCACCAAUGUUCAGAAAUGUGCAAGAUCUUGGACAAAUUGUCCCCGGAGACGGCACCACAUAAACCCUAUGUCGCGUUUCGAUACGCGAAUCCCUUGACGGAGCAUAUGUAUGAACAGCUUUUACAAGAUGGGUUUGGUGGCGGAAAGGGAGGUCGAGCGGUGGCAUUCACGCAGUAUCCUCAAUACAGCUGUUCCACGACGGGAAGUUCGUUGAACGAAUUGUGGAAAUGGCGGAACCGACUCGAAGGCAAACGAGCGACGACCGGCGAGGUCGAUCCAGAGGGAGCAAUAACAUGGAGCGUGAUUGAUCGCUGGCCCACACACCCGGGGUUGGUCGAGGCGUUCGCGCAGAACAUUGAAGCUAAAUUGGCCGAAUAUCCCGAAGAGCGCCAGAAAGACGUGGUGAUCCUAUUUUCAGCACACAGUCUCCCCAUGAGCGUCGUCAACAGAGGUGAUCCUUACCCAGCCGAAGUCGCGGCAACAGUGCACGCCGUCAUGAAUCGACUCGGCCACUCCCACCCCUACAGACUUUGCUGGCAAUCCCAAGUCGGGCCUUCUGCGUGGUUGGGCGCUCAGACAAGCGAUACUGUCAAGGAAUACAUGAAGCGAGGGCAAACAGAUAUCAUUCUGGUUCCUAUUGCCUUCACGAGCGACCAUAUCGAAACACUGUACGAAAUCGACAAGGAGGUCAUGCACGAAGAUGCGAAGGGCCACCCAGGCGUCAAGCGCGCAGAGAGUCUCAACGACAACCCGGUAUUCAUCCAGGCACUGGCAGAUAUUGCGCACAAGCAUCUGAUGAGUGGCGAGAGCUGUUCUAGACAGAUGGGGCUGAGAUGUCAAGGGUGCACUAGCGAAAGGUGCCUGGAGCAGAAAAAGUUCUUUGCUGGCCAGCAUGCAAAGAUACUGCCGACUGUACGAUAA